CCUCGUCCUGCUCCUGUGACAGAGAGAGAGAGAGACUCCAACAUGAUCCUGCUCCUCCUUCUGUUCGCCCUGACCCUGGGUGCUGUGUCUCCUUCAGAUGGACCCAAGGUCAAGCUGCAGCGUGGAAACUGUCCCUCGUUCUGGUUCAGCUUCAACAACCGCUGCUACAAGUACGUGUCCACACAUAUGACCUGGGCUGAUGCAGAGCUCUACUGUGUGUCACAGGGAGCCAACCUGGUGUCUAUCCACAGUCUGGAUGAAGCGAAUUUUGUCAAAGACCUGAUCAAGAACUUUGAUCAUGCUGAAGGAUACACCUGGAUCGGACUCAGCGACCUCCACAAAGAAGGCAGCUGGAUGUGGUCUGAUGGUUGUGCAGUGAAGUUUACCUAUUGGUCACCAGGAGAGCCAAACAACGAUGGAGGAAGGGAAAACUGUGGUCAUUACUUCAAAAGAGGAUGGAAUGAUAUACUCUGUAGUGGUCGUAUUCCCUCUGUUUGUGCAUCUCACAUAAUGUGUCCUCAGUGAUUGUUAAAUCUGAUUUAACCUGGUCACUGAUCACCUGAUGCUUGUUGACAUGAAAUAGUCCUCAGCAAUAAAGAUACAAAUGCACACUUCUAUGUUUGUACUCAUUUCACCCACUUACUUUUCAUGCCUGUUGUCAGGUAUUUGUUGUUUGUUAAUUUUAACAAU